CGUACGGACCCUCGGCCUGGAGCCAGCCGGGACGGGAGGCGCAGCGGGACCCGUGGAGCUCGUUACCACACGCCGCCGCGAGCUGGCGUUAAGGCUUGUGCGCGAGGUGCUGCCCCGGCCUUCCCUCGGCUCUUUCUCUUGUAGCGAACGAGGACCGGUCUGUCAGGACCGAACCCCCGGUUGUCCGAUCGGUGGUGGCCGAGUUUCACAGUUUUGCAGGAAGUGCUUCUUGACAGCUAUCAGAGAAAGUGGAACACAUUGUCCUCUCUGCCGGGGGAGCGUGACUAAAAAAGAAAGAACAUAUCCCAAAAGGGCUCUAGAUGUUGAAAACAGUAUGAAGAAAGCUUCUGGGGGCUGUAGAUGCUGUGAGAAGCAGGUUAGAUUUUCGUGGAUGAGACAGCAUUAUAAAACGUGUAAGAAGUAUCAGGAUGAAUAUGGUGUUUCUUCUAUUAUUCCAAACUUACAGAUUUCCCAAGAUUCAACAGGGAACAGUAGCAGGAGUGAUGCAAUAUCUGAUAAUGGCGAGAUGGCUAAUAAUCAAAUACUUCAAGGAGAAACAAGUGGACACCCAACCUUCAAAUGCCCCUUGUGUCAGGAAGCCAAUUUUACCAGACAACGCUUGCUGGAUCACUGUAAUAAUAGACAUCUUUAUCAGAUAGUUCCUGUAAUCUGUCCUAUUUGUGUAUCUCUUCCUUGGGCAGAUACUAACCAGGUUACUAGAAAUCUUGUUAGCCAUCUAAAUCUAAGACACCGGUUUGACUACGGAGAAUUUGUGAAUCUUCAGCUUGAUGAAGAAGCCCAAUACCAAAAUGCAGUUCAAGAAUCCUGUCAUGUGAGCUUUUAAAGUAUAGCCCCGUUCAUCUUACUGAUUAUCUGAGAGGAAAAAAUACAUUAGUUCUGUUGGUGAUCUGAAGUGUAUAUUGAUAAAAAUGGUAUUCAGUAACCACUUUUCAGGCUUAACUUUUUUCCAUGUUCAUAAGGACAUUUCAUAAAUUAUUUUGCUGAAACUAAAACUUGACAUCUUUACUGAGAUCUGUCCC